CUAUUGUUGCAUUGUAACAAGCCGGGCAGGAGGGACACGUUCCGCCAGAAAACUGGAAACAUUUUAUACGUAGUAAACGGCUUAAAACAACGACUCGUGUACCCGAAACAACUUUAAACGAAUAACAGGAGUAAAACCGCUAUGAUUAGCGUAAAAUCACAGAAAUGAAUAGCGCGUGCAACGGACUGUUCCAUUGACUUGCAGCUUUUAAAGAGGAAAGAAGAAAAACUAUGAAGCAACACAAACUCCAUGCCAUUGCAAUUUAAGUGAAAAUGCGAAGUGAAAAGCUGAGUACAUUUGGCUGAAGUCCUUCGCUGCUCCCUCCCGGUUGUUCACCGGCUCGAUUCAUUCAGUUACCCUUAGGAUAAAUUUCAUAUGCUGCAGCAGUAUUUUUCCCUGUGUGAAUAAUUGUGCAAAACCGAAAUAUAGCCUGUAACCGCCGGCUCCAAGUCUACAAAUGAUGUUAUGUACAAAUGAUGCCCUAUUUUCCCCCUUGAUCGACUAAAACGCUUCGCAAUUGCCCUUGUCUGCAAUCAGCCGUUGGAAAAGGGAAAAGAUAACGCAAUAAGAAGAAAGGACACGAAAAUCUGAGCCGGAAACGAGUCGAGGAGAGAAAUUAUUGUUUCAAUCAAAGGAGAAAAUAACGUAUUGUGUGGUGAAACUUGUUCUCAGUUUCUCCGAAGGAGGUGCGGUCCGAUGGAGUCGGUGGGGUCUCUCAGCCUGAAGCGGCGGUUUGAGGAGGUGGACCCCGGCUCGACCUGCUCCACCCCCAAGGAUUCGGACGACGAGAUCUCCAGCAGCGACAGCGCCGAGAGCUGCGACAGCCUCAACGCCCCCUCCUCUUCCUCACUCGCGCCCACCUCCAUCCUGCGGCGGAGGGCGCCCCCUAUGGGCGGCAAGCAGGUGCGGUUCGGCGCGGUGACGGUCUUCUACUUCUCGCGGCGGCAGGGCUUCACGAGCGUGCCCAGCCAGGGGGGCAGCUCCCUGGGCAUGGCCCGGCGCCACAGCUGUGCCCGCCGCUACACACUGGGCGAGUUCGCCCGCGAGCAGGAGCGCGGCCACCUGCAGGCCCUGCGGCGCCACCUGCACCAGGAGAAGCUGGACGCGCGCAAGCGCAAGCUGACCCGUAACGGGACGGUGGCGUGCGAGGCGGCUGAGACUCUGACGCUGGCCGACGUGUCGGACGAGGACCUGGACGUGGAGGGCGUGGAGGUGGACGACUGGUUCUUCCUGCAGCCGCUGCCCAUCAAGCGGCGCCGCGCCCUGCUGCGCGCCUCGGGCAUCGCCCGCAUCGACGCCCGCGAGAAGGCCGAGCUGCGCGCCAUCCGCCUGUCCCGCGAGGACUGCGGCUGCGACUGCCGCGUCUACUGCGACCCGCGCCGCUGCGGCUGCAGCCUGGCCGGCAUCAAGUGCCAGGUGGACAGGAUGUCCUUCCCUUGUGGCUGCACUCGGGACGGGUGCGGAAACGCGGUGGGACGGGUGGAGUUCAACCCCCUGCGGGUGCGCACCCAUUACCUGCACACCGUCAUGAAGCUGAACCUGGAGAAGAGGAGGCAGCUGGGGGGCCUGGCGGGAGAAGGGUUCGAGGAGGCAGAGGUCACCGCUCCAGCCUCCCAGGCCGUGCACCCUGACCCCGAACCCGUGGCCCCUUCCUCCGGGCCCCUGGCAGACGCAGGCCCCGCCGAUCACGCGCUCCAGCGGGACAGCCUGGCCCUGGAGAACGCGGAGGCUGUGCUUCACCUCCAGAGUGCCGAGGAGAGGGACAGGAGGAAGGCGGAGGAGCAGGGGGAGGGCCCGGCCCUCCUGCAGGAGGCGCUCCCUGCUGGAGCCCCCAUACUCUGCUUCACCCAAAAUCAGGCCCUCCUCAAGGACCCCUCCUCCUUGCUGUACUGCCCACUGGGCCAGGCUGAGGUCACAGCUCUAGGGCUGCCCCACAUUCUGCCUGAUGGCCAGGAUCAAGACUUAGAAGGAGGAGGUGGAGGAGGAGUAGGGGACCUGAGAGAGGAGGGCAAACUGGAACGCACCGACUGCCAGCAGGGGUCGGGCGACGCCCCUCCCUCACCGGAGGGUGAGACCGGACACACCGUCCCUGAGCAGGGGUUGCCGUGGAAACCCCAGGAGGGCGGUCCCACUGCCUUUGAAGGAGAAGGAAGCCUGCUGCACUCUGAGGCUUAGCUCUGCCCUCCUGCUCACAGAUGUUUUGCACAAAAGCGCUUGAAAAAAGCACGUUGCCUACCUUAUGUAUUAAUAAUACUAUUCAUGUUAGUUCUCAUAGUACAGAUGAAAUAUCAGAAGUGUGCAUGUACAGAGUAGAUAAGAGUAUAAGAGGGGGAAAGCCCCUCCGAUGGCACAGAUGGGUCUUGUAUUUUCCACUUUGUGGCUUGUAAUGAGGAAGCUGACUACGUAGGGGCUAGUGCUGGCUGUGAAUCCCACCCUCCAAUUUAGACCCGAAGUAUGGGUCUGUUUGGCGGUCCGUUGCUCGAGCUCACCUCGAUGUUCGCGCAUAGGUAGGCUCGGGUUGUGGUAGAACCUCGGCUCUUACUUUUCGCCAAACGGUGGUGGGCUAUUCACGCAGUUCGCAAAAUGGCCGACGAGGUUCAGGAAUAGGAGGCUCGGACGUGUCACGAGCCGCUGACGUGUCCCCCUCUGCCCACGGACCAAUCCUGGGAAUACUUGGUAAUGUUUUAUUUGUACUGUAUCGUGUUCAUGGAGAACGUGAAAAAGACAAGAAAGAGCUACUUGUUUACUAUAUCCAUGUUGAAAACUUGACUUUUCGGUUUUUUGUUCUAUAAGAUAGAGGCAAACCAAAUAUGCGGGUUUGCACAGGUUCGUUUUUUUGAAAACGAACAGCCUUUUCUCUGGUCGUGUCACAUCAAUUACCUCACUCAACCCCAUCCCUUGUCUGAAUAGGAUUUUAUUAAAUUACAGUACUGGUUCUGCCUGGACCAAUGUACAUCAAAGGACCAUUAAUGAAAACCUUAAAAAGGUGACUUGUUAUUUUUUGUUUCUGGCUUGAUGCAGAAAGGCUAAAUUUGAUACACUCUUUCUGCAAAUAGUUUACCUUGCACAAGCAUGCGACUUGAGUAUUUACUAGUUCUGUAGACUGUCUCUGUGCAUUCUCUGAAUGCAGAUAUCCGGAGAAUAACCGAAAAACGAAAUAUCAAUCUACAGACAAGAAACACAAAUUAUUCCUCUUGAAAAUAUGUUUAUUAAUGGUUGAACUCACUGAAGAGUUUAGGAAGUCUUCAUAUAUGAUCAGGGUAUAAAAUAUAACUGUAAAGUUACAACUACUAUAGACGGACCUGCGACUGCUUGUAGACUUGGUUGCAUAUGGGCACACCGCUCUUCGCCACAAUUGAUGUCUGUACAUCAGUAUUUAAAUAUAUUCUGUAAAAUGUGCACAGUUGUCUCUAGAAGGCCCAUGUACGCUGAGUAAUAUUAAUGUUCGCUUUGCACAGUGUGUAAUUUUAGUUGCUGCUCAGGUAGUAUGGGUUCUGUUCUCUUGUCUGAGGUUGUACUUUGUCCGUUUUCAGUGUUGGUGAACGAUAAUCGGCUAGAUGUGUUUUGAUCUUUGUUUUCUGUGGAAGGGAGUGGUUUCAUUUUAAUUCGCAUAGGGCUACGCCCUCAAAUCUCACACCUACUGUUUUCUUAAAUGGCCUUUUACUGAUUUCUUGGGUUUAUUGUUAAUUAUGGCCAUUAAAUUUUAUUUUAAUUCUCCUUUAAUCAGUGUCAGUCAGUCCUGUUCCAUGGCAAGCAAUGUACAUGUUACAUGCAGGUCUGUUGCAGCUUUUGCAAUUAAUUUAGUUUACUGCAGUGCACACAAUAGUUGGUAAAAGUUAUUUGUCAGAGUGCUUGCAGUGCAUGACAUCGGUCGAUGUGAGUUGGUGGGGGGGAUUAUACAAAUGACUAAAGUAUUAAAGCUACACAUUCUUCACUUGAACUACAGUUAUGUGUGUCAGUAGAUAUCGUGGCAUACUUUACUGUGAUAUAUUUAGUCUGGCGAUAUUGGCGGUGAUGUCUCAGUUCGCAUUGACGCGCACUUUCAUUAGUGUUAAUUUGCCUCCUUGUUAUGAUGACUGAAAAAUCAGUUGUUUGUUUUUUUGUGUGGAAGUUUUACGUAACAUUGCAAGAGCAGAGGGCUUCUGUGUGGAUGGGCCCCAUGGGCCGGUGUGGAAUCUGGACCCUACCAGGCCUGACUGGCCGGCGGCCCCACAGUCCAACACACAAUUGGCCGUCCGGUCAGCCAUCGAGGGAGGGAGGGCGUUACGUUGCUCACUGGUGACCCCUUCUGGUCACUUGGGUGCUUGCAGUCUGCCUGUUCAAGUUGCCCCAUUACCGCUAGUUCACAGACCAAUGGGAGCCCUCCUCCAGGACCAAGGGCAAUGUCCCCGGUUCAUGCCUACCCUGUGGAGAAGAGUGUGUGAUUUGUCUGUACUCACCAAAUUUGAUCGGUUUGUGAAUACAAUCUGGCUUUUAAAAUUUUGGAGGGGGAUGUGCGUUUUUAUGUGCGUGCAUGUGCAUGCACGUCUGCGUGUUUAUCAGCAGGGUUUGGGCAAGAUGGACGGCAUUCUCCCCAAAAGUGCAUUUGUUUUAGGUUUACAUUUCUUUUCAUUCUUUACAACUUUAAAAGAAAACUGAGCAAAGAUAUGAUGGUGUUACAUAGGUAAAAUAUGUAUAUUCAGAUUGAUUAUAUCUUAAAGAAUGAAACUCCCGUAGGAUUGUCUAGUGAGUGUGAGCAUCAUUGGCGUGUCUGAGGAGUUUGCUGUCAUGGAAAGGCAGGGCUCUUUUUAUGUGCAGUGAUGACUGUUGUUCCUCCAGGCAUCAAACGAACCAAAACAUCUCUCCGAUCUUCAACAGUCUCGCCACCUGACUCUGCCAACCAGAGUACUUGUGCAUCGCAAAAGGGGCGAAAGUCUGCAUAUUUGCAUCGGAUUACAUGAUGUAGUUGCUUGGACACCCUUAUCCGGUGUGGCAGGCAUUGCUUUUGUACAUAACCGCAAAUGCAUUAUUCAUUUACAUUACUCUGUUUACUCUAGCAGUUUGAAGUACUGAGGGAGCUGCGCAGUCAGAGGUACAAUGGCUGUGUCACAUCCUGGAUUUGAACCUGCCUGCCCGUCUUGUCUGGAGGGGAAAAGUAGGGCUGUAGUGGGGUAAAGUACGUAUCCCCUCCUGUCUCUGACUUAGACCCUGUCAAGCUUUCACACUGCCUCUUCACUCUUAGUUACACCUGGGUUACUGGGUGCCUUGACUUCUUUUCUAAACACAGGUUUUAAUUUGGCUAUUUUCAGGAGAAAUCAAGUUGAACGGUUAGUUCUGACUGCAGCAGCAGAUUAGGGCUCAUCUAUGUUAUCGUGACUUUUUGUUCCUCCGUUUGACUGAGGAUUUAACAUGUUGUUAUUGAGAAGCACGUACUGUUUAAAUGUGUUCACACGUUUAUUUUUAACUCAUGCUAUGCUGGCUGUUAAAACCCCUCUAAACUCGCGUACUGUAAAUGUGCUGAAACCGAACCCACUCAGAACCGGUCCAUGGCAGGUGUCGCCCACACUAACGACGGGCUCCUGGUGUGCGUGCUGUGAAGUCUGUUGCCUUUCAGUGAACACAGUCCUCUGUGACGGUCCGCGCGGUACCAGAUGAGUUCUGUCGUUCCACUACAUUGUGCGCGCUCUUGCAUGCUGCUUGUCUGUCCACUAGGGGUCGCUCUCUCCAUUUAACUGCUAAUGAAAAGCACCAAAGCCAUGGUUCUCAAAGACACAUCUUAAGAUGGGAAAACUAAUUGGGGCUAAGUGCCAGCCAUUCAUAGAGCAUGUUCAGUAAGGGCAUGCAUCAUUAAUAGGCCUUGUCUGGUACCUUUUUAUUUCAACCUCAUUCAUUUCUGUGAACUAGUGUUUGCCUAAUUAACAUAUGGAUCAGCUGCAUAUAACGAACAUGGGCUUGUGACUUCCACGUGAGUUUAUGUACCGCCCAUUUUGUAAAAUGUGUCUGUUAUGGAAGAUUUAUUUAAAGCAUAGGUUUAUAUUCAAAAUUGUCAAAUGCUUUCAGUCCAGUAUGAAAACCAUGAAAUGUCAGGAGUAUGUGAGUAUGUGAGUAUGUGAGUAUGUGAGUAUGUGAGUAUGUGAGUAUGUGAGUAUGUGAGUAUGUGAGUAUGUGAGUAUGUGAGUGCGUGAGUGCGUGAGGCAAACUAGUAGUUGCCUAGUAGUCUGUAGUUGGGAGGUCAUUUAACUGUGAGAAUUACUUUUAGUUGUGGCCUAACUAAUAAAAUAAACCAUUUUAUAUAAAAAUGAAAAGCAAAAAUAAAAAUGAAAAAAAAUA